UUACAAAUGAGAGUUCUGUAUUUGUAUGUUUUAGCAAAAUGUUAAUGAAGAUGUUUAAAUCGCAGGUUAAUCUGAUUCGUCUUUAUGAAAUCGUUGUUGGAGAAAGUCAUACACAGAAUCACUGCUUGCUGGUACACAAGCCAUUGCUACUUCCGCUGCUGAAAUUACUGGACUGGUGUAGAAAAAGUGCAGAAAAGAGGAAUUUUGCCCCAUCUAAUACGGACAGACAUUUCGUUUUACUUCUAAACCAGAUCUGCACAAAGCUGGCAGAAGAUGCGACGUUGCUGCAUUUCUUUUUCGAUUUUGACAAUGAUUGUGAUGAGCAGUUUUUGGUAUUCGGCUUGCUUAUCCCAUAUCUUUAUGAUUCCGGUGAAGUUGGACAGUUAGCACGCGAUGCAUUACUUCUGAUACUUUCUGUUUCACGACGAAUGAAACAUAUUGCUACAUUUAUCGCUGUAAAGUCAAACUUUUGCCCAGUGGUUGCAACAGGUCUGUCGGGUUGCUUUUCCCAAUUAUCGCGCUCAGUUGGUUCAGUGUUAUACCUAAGCGACGAUUGGCAUAAGAUAAAUGCCGAUGAUAUCGAUUCUUAUUCCAGCUUAUUGGAUUUCCAUUCAUCAUUGAUUUUUUGUAAUGCAGUUAUACAGGUUGCUCACGAUUAUGUUGUGUCACAGGUCAUUACAUACGUCUAUCACGGGUUUUUACUUCCUGUCGUUCUACCUUCAUUGUUACAGGGUGGACAAGAUGAGCUUAUCUCAUCAACAGCCUAUUAUCAUCUUUGUUUGGAUAGUGUCACUGAGACAGCGCUUAUACAAGCAAUAGUAAAAUUACUUCUUAAUGAAAGUUGUGAAAGUAACAAAAAAGUGCUUGAUGUUAUCGUGGAAAGGAUAUCCGCUGGAAACCGGCUUAGCCAAGUUAGUUUAUCGCUGAUAAGAACGUUGAUUGAUUUACGAUGCGAAGACAUCAUGUUCGAUCUCAUUUUCAAAUAUCUUCUACCUUGUACAUUUUUACAACCUAAUCAAACGCUUCAUUUAAAGAAUCAGAAGUAUGUAAGGACAGCUGCUCGAACUUUGCUGACGUUUAUUCCUGAAUGUACUUAUAAAUCUUCAGCACUAUGCUCCCAAGAAAUUCUUCAUAUUUAUCUCACCGAAUGUCGAAAUUAUGUGCAAGAAACUACGGAUGCCUGUUGUGAAAAAUGGGCUUGGAGUUAUGAUGGUCGUAAUCCGCUUCUUCUGCCAAAGUUAAACUCAGAUGAUGAAAGCAUCACUAAUUGUAAUGGAGCUUUUGUUCGACAUUCUUCAGUACGUUCCUCAAUGGCCUCAGCGCGGAAUGGUUUGAAUCGAUACUUCGUGAGCCGAAAUGCUCACAUUACCGCUGAAAGUUUACGUCAACAUACUCCACUGCCGGAACUAGGAGAACACGAAUCGUCAUCGAGAAGUAGCUUUCCAUACGAUAUUGCCGAUUCAUCACUAGCUCUGGAUAAUGAAGACGAUGAACUGAUUAUACCACCUUUAACACCCAAAUCACUUUUGAUGAUGACUUCAUCGAGUGAUUAUUUUCAAUUUGCAUAUGGAGAAUUGUCGGAAACUGACACUGAGGCGAUCAAUCCCAGCACAAUCAACAUAAGUGAAGCACCACUACAAAAAGUUUCAGACAAAGGAAGUGUGGCGAGCAGGAAUGCAAAUUGUGAUACUGAUAUUGAAAUGGCACGAUCAUUCGUUCUGAGAGGUUGGGGGCAAAUUGAGGAUAUGGAUACCUUUAUGGCAUUGAUGGAUAGAGUGCCAGCUUCAAAGGUAAAGCAUUCUUUGGAAGAAAAUUUGGCUUUAAUCGAUUCGCGAAUUCAGUAUCUCGAAGAGUUGAAAGCCGAGACUAAAUCAUCACGGUCAGAAAGUGAUGGAUUUAAAAGUGAUACGAAUAACAACAAUGACGAUGAGUACCCUGCGCCAUCAGGAAAACCGAUCGAAUGUUUCGGAAAUCAAGGUGUUGGACCGUUCUUGGAAUCUAUAAUACGUUCUUUGGAGAAUAUGCUGGAUAAUUCGUUAUAUGUAACACUGCAAACAACGUCGGUAUUGGCGGCUCUUGCGUCAUAUCCUCAGCCACUUAUUGCUCAUUAUCUAUUUGAUCAACGCAUGCGUUUGCAACCUAAUGUGAAAAAUCUUUUUAAGGUUAUGGAUUCACUGAAGAUGCGAAUUGAUGCAUACGCAUCGUCACUAGAUGGUUUUGAUGUUUUGUUGGAACGAGGGAUCAAAUUUCUACGAUCAAGGGCAGAACGGUAUGAAAAAGCCAUGGAAAGUAGCCGGCAAUAUACGUUACACUUACGAUCUUCCGGUGACUCAUUUUCACGAAACAGCAACAGAGAAGGGGCGAAUUCAUCGAGAGGUUUACUAAAUCGAUUCAGACCUUUCAGCAGUAAGCGCCUCUAUCCCAACAACGGUUCUGCCCAUCCACAUGAAUUUCGUAUUUACACACACAAAGCAAUGGAAAGUCGUGAUGUAACAUUAGACCAUGCUCGAGCAAAGCAGUUUGUUUUCGCGGCUAUCAUACUGUCGCAGUUUUGUCAGGAAUUAGCUGCUACGGUACUGCAACAUUCCACCGUUGUUCCGCGGCCAAAAGGUAAUUUGAAUAAAAUGUGGUGA